AAACUGUCUCCCUCACAGCCAUCUACUUUAAAUACAGGCUACAGAGCAUGGGUGUUCAGCUAUAGUUGAUGAAAAAUACCUCAAUCUUGAGUUAGAAUUUUGCAGAUCUACAAAAAAAAAAAAAAAAAAAAAUCAACUGGAACUUCAGGCCAAAACUUUGGUCACUGUCAAUUUUAUUGAAAUUUAAUAACUCAUUGUUAACAGAAAAUGGGUUUGCGAGGCACUGCCUUUCUGCUCCAGUGUUACCUGAUGUUGGCAGCAGCCAUGUAUUUUGAUCUCGGAGAACAGGAGGAAAAAUGCAUCAUAGAGGAGAUUCCUGAAGACAUGCUGGUCAAUGGUUACUUCUUGUUGGAGCCUUGGGAUUUGAAGGCGUUCUCCCACUCCCCUCACCUCGGCGUCACUGUGACAGUCAGAGACCCAAACCAUGAGGUUUUGAUGUCCAAACGCUAUGGUAAAUUUGCCAAAUUCACCUUCACAGCUCACACCUCUGGUCAGCACUUCCUCUGCUUCCAAACCAACUCCACAAGGUUUUCUGUCUUUGCUGGACAGAAGCUGAAGCUACAUUUGGAUGUUCAGAUGGGAGAGCAUGCCAUUGACCCUAACAAAGACAAGGCCAAAGAAAACUUGGAGACUCUGGAGAACAGCCUCAGCCACCUCAUAGAUCAAAUGAUGUACAUCACCAGGCAGCAGGAGUACCAGAGGGAGAAAGAGGAGGUGUUUCGUCAGAUCAGUGAGGACACCAACAGUAAAGUGCUCUGGUGGGCUGUGGUGCAGACCUCUGUGCUGCUGUCCGUUGGUUUUUGGCAGAUUAAACGACUCAAAGACUUCUUCAUCGCCAAGAAGCUGGUCUGAGGAUGACCUCCGACCUGUCAGCUCUGAGCCUGAUGACCUUGAACCAUGUCCCACUUGUACUUGUGUAUAUACUACAACAAGUAUAUCUGAUGCAUGAAAACACUUAAAACCUAAAAGCUUUCUUCUCCUAUUGCAGCUGGUGACAUGGAUUUAGCUUAUAAGGUUAAAAACUAUGUAUGGAUAAAAUGAUUAAAUUGUGUGGGUCUGAGAUGAUGACCAUGUCAAAACUACAGUAAUUUUUCUUUUUCUUGUCCUCCUCAUUGUUGUUUUUCACCUCUGCUGCCCUUAAAACUGGACUACAUGGCUAAAGCAAAUAUGUACAACAUAUAAAAAUGUCUCUCAGGACUGAACACAAAACAACACAGAAUAUUCAAUAAU